CACAAGCACCACCACGGCCUUCUAACGCCCCACAGCAGACCCACAAGCGCACUCCCACAAACACCGCAAAAGCCACAAACCAAAACUGAAAACGAGAGCAGGAAAUUCUUCGCAACUAGAAAACGCCAAAGGGAAAGAUGCGGCACCACAUAAAGCCGGACGCACAGCACAGCCGCAAGCACAGCACUCGCCAACACGACCCACGCUCACGAUCCUCCCGCACGGCGGCACCACCACCGGACAACCGGACACACCACCAUGGCUGCGCCCGCAACCCGACACCCCUGCCUGCGGCACAGCACCCCGGUCCUCCUGCUCCUCCUGCCCGCUCUCAGCGCGGCCCUCAGAUGCGCCAACCUUCGCACCCAACAGAGCACCUUCAACUGGGACAGCCUCCAGCUCCUCCACGCCAUGGCUCCCAGCCCCCCGCCUCAGCCCUGCGCCCAACACGACCCACCUUUCCCCUUCCCCGACACCCUCCUGGCAAUCCAGUCCCCACAACAAGCCACCGCCGCCAUCCUCCGCGUCCUCCAGCACCUCUUCACCACUCUCAGCAACGAAAACACCCCCGCGCACUGGGACAGCCAAGCCCACCAACAGCUCCUCAACCAGCUCCACGACCAAAUCCAACUCCUCCAGCAAUGCCUCCCUCGCGCCGACGCGGAUGUCAAAAGCCAAGGGCCCCGCAACGCCUGGCUCACCAUCAACGGGUACUUCCGGCGCAUCCAGGACUUCCUCCGCACAAACCACCACAGCCCCUGCGCCUGGGACAAAGUCGGCCUCGAAGCUCGCGCCUCCUUCCAGCGCAUCCACAACCUCACCCGCACCCUGGCAGAUUAGCCACAACGCCUCCUCACCGCAACCGCGCAUCCACGCCCCCCUCACCCAAUACCCGCACCCUCACCCAGGGACCCUCACUCCCACA